CACACUCUCUCCACGCCACUGACCCAAACACAACACUCUCUCCAUUUUCUCCCUUCUUGACACAUUUCGCUACUGUGAUUUUUCUCCAUUGUUCUCAAAACUUCAUCACUCUCAAAGCAAAGUGUGCGUUGUUUUUCUUUACUUAAGAUGAAUGAUUCAAAAUCUUUUGGAAAAAAGCAUGAAGAAUGGUUAUCUACCUCAGCGCACAUUACUUGUCAGAAACUUUCAUCUUCUUCUGAUAAAACAUUGAAAGAAAAGAUUUUGAAACGGAAAAAUGUGAACAAAGUCCUAGAAAUUUUUAGGGACUUGUCUCACAAGCUCUAUUGUGAGUAUAAGUCAAGUGAAGUCAAAAAUUUGAAAGCAAAAACAAAAGCUUUGAUAGAAGCUGCAAUGUCUAUGAAAGUGAAGCAUCAAUGGGAAAACACUGGAAAAAGAUUAGGGCAUGUAGAUGGAAUUGAAGUUGGUGACCGCUUUCAAUACAGGCCUGAACUUGUUAUCAUUGGUCUCCAUCAACAAUUCUCCGGCGGUAUUGAUUAUUUGGGUAAAGGUGAGUAUUCUUUGGCAACUAGUAUUGUUGUAACUCAGAAGUAUGCUAAUGUUAUGAAGUCUAGUGGUUGUUUGGUUUAUGAAGGUCAAGGUAGUAACCCUAAGGUACGAACAACAUCCGUGCCUCCUUGUGAUCAGAAAUUGGAAGGGGGAAGUCUUGCUUUGAUGAAUAGUAUGAAUGCUAGGCAUCCUGUUAGGGUUAUAUUGAAGGUUUGUGGGAAAUUUAAUGGGAUGGGAGAAUGGAAGAAUAAUGUUUCUGAUUAUUCGUAUGUGUAUGAUGGGCUGUAUUCGGUUGACAGCAUGACUCAAGAUAGGGGACAAUUUGGAAAACUUGUGUUCAAGUUUGUACUUAACAAAAUUUCAGACCAAUCAUCCGCGAGUGUCUCCUCUCGAGAUGUUGUUAAGGAAACUGAAACUUUCUCGAAGAGAAAGAAGUCUAAAGGUCAUGUUCUCGACAAGGAUGUUGUUCGUAUCAAUGAUAUUUCAGAGGGGAAAGAAAAUUUUCCAAUUCGAUUGGUGACGCCAAUAAAUUGUGUGGAGAAACCUAAACCCUUUGGCUACCUAGUCAAAAUGAUUUAUCCAAAGAUGAAUCAUUCAACACUACUAGGUGGUGAAUGUAAUUGUGAAAAUGCAUGUGUUGAUUCACUUAAAUGUGUUUGCAUAGCUAAGAAUAAUGGUGGGACAAUAGCAUAUGGUGGUAACAAAAGACUGGUUUCUCCUAUGAAAUCGUCCUUUAUAUACGAGUGUGGACCUUCUUGCGCGUGUUCAUCGUCUUGCAUCAACCGAGUGAGUCAAUGCGGUAUUCAGUUCCAACUAGAAAUCUUCAAAACAAAUUCGAAGGGGUGGGGUGUUAGAACGCGAUCUUUCAUUCCAUCCGGAAGCUUUGUGUGUGAGCUCAUUGGAGAGCUUGUUCAUCAAAACCAUGGAAAAGCUGUAUCAAAUCUACAUGUUGAUGAUUACAUAUUUAAUAUAGGUGGUGGCUUGAUUGAUGCAGGUAAACAUGGAAACAUUGGAAGGUUUAUAAAUCAUAGUUGUUGUCCAAACCUAUGUAUGAAAGAUGUUAUGUACGAUCACAACAAUAAGAGUGUAGCACACAAAGUGUUGUAUGCUUUAAAGGACAUAGCUGCAGGUAGAGAGGUUAGUUAUGAUUACAACAAUUGGUGCAAGGGGAAUAUGAAGAAGGUUUUGAGUAAUAUUUGCUACUGUGAUUCAUCGGAAUGCAAGGGAUAUAUUUACAAGUGAAGGUAUGAUUGGCGGUAACUGAGGAAUUUGGAUUGUUAAAAAGAGCAACAGCAAUUAAGGAGUAUAUGAACUGCUUUAGUGUGUUUCUUUAUUUUAAUAGUAAUUUUUUUGUUUGAAACUAUUAGUAGUAGCAUCAGUAUAUCAAUUUGUUAGGAUUUGUAGGAGGUAAGAAUCAAAUCAUACUUGUAAGUCACAUGGUUGAAAUGCACAUCCAUCUGUAGGAGGUAAGAAUCAAAUCAUACUUGUGAGUCAUGGUUGAAAUGCACAUCCAUUCGUAACAUUUAAAGUGUAGGCAUUGUUUGCUUGGUUUAGUGGGAAUAUAAUUCUAUACUCCAAA